CAGCACAAGCUGGAGUUCCUGUCCGACAGGAGAGAGGCCGGAAAGCUGCUCCUGUCCGCGGUCCGGGGGGGUCUGAAACCUGGGCAGUGAGGAAAGCUGCUCCUUACAUAAAUAUAUAUAAUAGCCGAGGGCAGGUUAACCGUGUCACUGUGAGACACACUUCUACCACUUCUCCGCCAGCUGCCGUCGUACCUGUUUGCCUCGCCAUAUUUGAAAGAAGGAGGGAAGCAGUACUCGGGAAUCUUAUUGGCUGACAAGAAGCGGGUUAAGGAGUCGGUGGGGAGAACUCCAAGUCCCAGAAAGCUUGGCAUCAGGGCUCCGAUAACAUGGCAGCGCCGUCCAGCAGCACAUGCGGCGGGCUUAUGGAGCGGUCUAUCCGGGAGCGGGUCCCCCCGCUGCUCACCGACUUGUACCAGUUCACCAUGGCGUACGCUUACUGGCGGGCCGGCCGGCACCAGGAGCACGCCGUGUUCGAGCUUUUCUUCAGGGACAUUCCGUUCGGCGGCGGCUUCUCGCUGUUCGCCGGACUGCACGACUGCCUGCUGUUCCUGCGCAGCUUUCGCUUCACAGACGAAGAUGUGGAGUUUCUGCGCUCCGUCAUGCCUCCGGCCACCGACCCUGCCUUCUUCCAGUUCCUGCGAUGCCUCGACUGUUCGGGUGUAACGCUCCACUCCGUCCCAGAGGGCACUGUGGUGUUUGCCAGGGUGCCUCUCAUGGAGGUGGCUGGUCCACUAGCUGUGGUUCAACUGUUGGAGACGAGUUUACUGUGUCUCGUCAACUACGCCAGCCUGGUGUGCACUAACGCUGCCCGUUUCCGUCUGGCGGCAGGCCCUAAGAGGAAGCUGCUGGAGAUGGGCCUCAGGAGGGCUCAGGGUCCCGAUGGAGGACUCACCGCCUCCCGAUACACACACAUCGGAGGGUUUGAUCUUACGAGUAACGUUCAGGCUGGUUUCCUGUUUGGGAUCCCCGUGGCAGGGACCAUGGCACACUCAUACGUCACUUCUUUUACCUCCCUGGAGGAAGUGUGGCCUCAAACACUUGUGCCAGUGAAUAGGGACCACAACCCAGUCGAUAUCAUUUCUUUAACAAAAGGCUGGCUGAGUCGUGUGUGUGAGCUUCUGGGAGCAGAGCCUGGGAAAAUCCACGAGGGAGAGUUGGCUGCUUUCUUGUCUUAUGCCAUCGCCUAUCCUCAGAACUUCCUCCCAGUGAUUGACAGCUACAGUGUUGCCUGUAGCGGUCUGUUGAACUUCUGUGCUGUGGCGCUAGUACUGUUUGAACUGGGCUACAGGCCUGUGGGGGUUCGUCUGGACAGUGGGGACCUCUGCAGGCAGUCCCUCACUGUGCGCCGUGUCUUCAGGCUCUGCAGUGAGCAUUUCUCGAUCCCUGAUUUUGAUUCUCUGAUCAUCGUUGGGACCAACAACAUCUCAGAAGAGAGCAUGACUGAACUCAACAGCAAGGAGAAUGAGAUCAAUGUAGUUGGUAUUGGAACACAUCUGGUUACAUGCACAAAACAGCCCUCACUUGGCUGCGUAUAUAAGCUGGUGGAAGUGAGAGGGAGGCCCAGGAUGAAGAUCAGUGAGGACCCAGAAAAGAGCACUGUUCCUGGGAGGAAAGCUGUGUACCGGCUAAUAGAUGCUGAAGGUCAUCCUUUUCUAGAUGUGGUGUGUCUUGCGGUGGAAUCUCCUCCAAAGGCAGGACUCCCACUGAGCUGUUACCCCCUGGGGUGCAACAGCACUACCCUCUCAGUCACUCCAGCUCAGGUCACCUGUCUGCGACAGGAAGUGUUUAGUAAAGGACAGGUCACACAGUCUUUGUGCAACGCUGCAGAAACUAGAGCAAAGGUCCAGAGCUCCCUUCAGACUUUGCACCCUCGACAUAAAAGACUGCAGGAGCCAGACUCUUACACAGUGGCGCUCUCCGAGAAACUCCACAGCAUGGUCAAAGAGAUCCAAAAAAGAAGCGGCAACGACACCAACUUUCUUUUGGAGAACUAAAGAGAAUCCUGCACAUCCCGAUGGGUUUCUUUUCUUUUUAUUGAAAAUGCUUCUGGGAUUGCCUCACAGGAGAAGUUCAUAUGUUUGUAGAGCAUGGUCUGAGUGAACCCCAACAGUGUUAACACUGUACUUUCCAAAUACAGGAAAUAACAGUUGUUUUGUGGCCUCUGUCAUUCAGAUCCAAGGAGUGUUUAUAAAAAAAUAGGUUAAAAUGAACUUAAAGUUUAGUGUGAAGAAAGAGCAUCAGGAUUAGUCUCACCUUUAGGCAACUCCUUAUUUGUGUGUGUGUGUGUGUGUGUGUGUGUGUGUGUGUGUGUGUGUGUGUGUGUGUGUGUGUGUGUUUUCUACAUUUGGAAACUUUCAACAAUAAACUUCCAAACAAAUCCCAAGACAGGAGCCGCACCGACCCAUUCUCUGAACCAAACUGCUUUCUUCUUGUAGAUGAAUGUCAUUAAUUUAACAUUAAAGCUCAUCAAGGAAGAUAUGGUUAGAAACUAGAAAACAAUAGAAAGCUGGCAGUAUGUUGAGAUUUUUUUCUCCAGAUAUAAUAUUCUAAACUUUGAACUAAGAGAAGCUCAGGCUUCUGUUUUUUUUAAUCCGUACCUCAGACUCUGAUCAUGUCUCUGAAAACCUGGAAUUACAGAUGAACACUUUAAUUGUUCAUGUCAAAGAUUGUAAAUUUAUUUGAGAUGGUCAUUUUUUUUAAAUUAAGGAAGUUUGACCCUGAAGUAUUUCAUUGCACUUAUCACAGUAAUGAACAUUUUUAUGUAGGUGACACAACACAGGAUAGAAACAUGGAUUUAAUGCACUGAGGAAUGUUGAGAUUUCAGGUUACUUCAGGUCCAUGACAGUGUUGUCUUUCAGAUUAGUGGAGAGGAAAUCUCCAAAAUACAGAUCAAGCUUACUUUCCAUAUUUGCUUCAUUUGCAUAUUUAAUAUAAUAACACCCAAUAUGCUUGUUUACCAUAACAUUCCAGAAAACUUGCAAUACAACAAGUACAAGUC